AAAGAGGGAGAGAGAGAGCGGAGCGAGAGAGAGAGCGAUAGAGAGAUGGGGAACAGAGCGCAUUGCCGCCUGCACAGCAGCUGAAUCUGUGCGCGCUUUCCUGUCAAAAAUGCGCAGGCAGCAGCGCUGUUAAAACGUGCUCUGUCAAACUGAAAGACGUAGGCUGACAAAACGCCCAGCGCCCUCUCGAAGAAACUGGAGCCAGUGGGAAGGAUGCUGCGCUUACGAGAAGCAGGUGUAUCCAGCCAAGUGGAGGGGACGCAGGGAACGGAGCAGGAGCGACCCGCUGGAGCCGCUGGACAAAAGCACCUGCUUCAGAGGAACAGCCAGCAGUCUUUGCUGCUUCUUUCCUUUUUUUAAUAGCUGGAUUUUAUCUCACGAAAUGUGCAUCUGGCAUCCAGAGUGGGGAAUAAGGGCGCCAUGAGACUGACGGACGCACAACUAAUUUGGAAAACACCUUAGAGGACAAGAGAAGAAAACAAAGAUAGUGUGUACGUUUUUGUUGAUCACAGAGAUCUGCUGAAAUGCCCGGGACGGUCUCCUCGGCGCCGCUGCUCUACAUAGGCAUGGAGGUUCUGAUAGCUGUCGCCUCCGUGAUCGGGAAUGUGAUGGUGGUUUGGGCGGUGAAAAUUAAUAAGUCCCUGCGAGACACCACGUUUUGCUUCAUCGUCUCCCUGGCCGUGGCGGAUAUUGCGGUGGGAGCGCUGGUCAUCCCCCUGGCCAUCACGGUCAGCAUCGGACUUAAGACUUACUUUUACAGCUGCCUGCUCGGGACGUGCACCAUGCUGGUGCUGACGCAAAGUUCAAUCCUGGCCCUGCUGGCCAUCGCAAUUGACCGCUAUCUCAGGGUCAAGAUCCCGACCAGGUACAAGCGGGUGGUGACGUCCCGGCGGGCGGGCCUGGCUGUGGUGAUAUGCUGGACGUUGGCGUUCAUCGUGGGGCUGACGCCCAUGUUAGGGUGGAAUAAUCUGAAGCGCCUCCAGGAGAACGGCACGAUCGGCCCGGACCUCAUCGUCACCUGCCAGUUUGAGACCGUCAUCAGUAUGAAGUACAUGGUUUACUUCAACUUCUUCGGCUGCGUCCUGCCACCUCUGCUGUUCAUGCUGGUCAUAUACGUGGAAAUCUUUUACAUGAUCCACAAGCAGCUGAACAACAAGAAAAUCACCUCCAGCUUCUCAGACCCCAACAAGUACUACGACAAAGAGUUGAAUCUUGCCAAAUCUCUUGUUCUGGUGUUUGUUCUGUUCGCCAUCAGCUGGCUCCCCCUUCACAUCAUCAACUGCAUCACGUUCUUCUGUCCCCAGUGUGACAAGCCAAUGGUUCUGCUCUACAUUGCCAUCCUGCUCACUCACGGCAACUCCGCUGUCAACCCAAUCGUCUACGCUUUCCGCAUCAAAAAGUUUCGCACUGCGUUUCAGAAAAUAUUGCAGCAGUACUUCUGUUGCAAGGAGACGCUGGCGUUGGACUUCCAGCAAAGUGACAGAAAAGACAAGGCCAAUCUGGAGCCAAAACCGGUUGCAUCGCUUCAGCCUGCUCAAUUGGGGGUCUUUAAAUCGUAUCCUUCGCUGGAGCUGCAGCUGCAGCCGUCUCCGCUGGAGCUCCAGGACGAGCAGAAGAUUAAAACACCUCAGCAAACUUACAAACUUCCCCCUUUUGUCGAGCAGAGUGUAGCCUGAGCGAAGGAGAGAAAUGGUUGGCUAAAGAAAUAAGCUCUUGUCCAAAAGCGGUGGCUCUCUCCUCAUCUGAAUGUAGUUUGAAGAGAACAGAUCACAGCAAGGCGCCGCAAAGCUCUUGCGAUUAGCAACGUGGUUCUGUGGAAGAUUGUUCGUCCUCAGGAAGAGCACACAUGCACAAAACAGUGCAGGCAGCAUACUGAGAAGCCUGCAAUGUCUAUUUACGUGCUUAUCUCAGUAAGAUACUGAGCACAUGAAGCUUUAACUGUUCUAUUACUUAUGGUGAAGCCGUUUGUGUGAACAUUAGAAAAUGUGCAAUAUAAGUUAUUGUGCUUUGUCAGUAUCAACAUCUCUGUGUUACGACUUGCCUGAACAUUUAUACAUCAGACAGAGCAGGGUAAUCUUACUACUUUAAUACUGUGUAUGUUCCAACUGACUCUGGCUAAAAAAAUAUAUAUAUAUGAAUGUAAUCAUGUAAAUAUGAGACGGCAUUCACUUGUGAAUGCUCGACUAAUCUUCAGGGUCUAAAUCGCACAUUGACGUGUGCAGGAAGCAGUGUUAAGGGACAGAAUAAUGUAACGAGAGCUAGCAUCUCUCCUAUGGAGCUCAGUCAGGCCUCAGGUGAUCCAGCUGCAGUUUUCCAUUGCAGACGAGACGGACGGGGAUAUAAACAAGCACACAGAGGCUUUAAAAUUUUAAAAGCUACAUGCAGGACACUUGUAGCAGCUCACAGGGGAAAAACACAAGAUGCUCUUAGAUCUCAUGUUUGUUCAGUCUCCACGUCAGUAAGCUGCGAGUGAAGUUUUCUUUAGCUCCUUGUCAUCGCUACAUCAUGACAGUUUACCAUCACCAACUGUGGCUUUCAUGGCCUUGUUCAAAUAUUCAACCGAACACUGACUAAAUUCUGAAAUGUCAACCUGAAGAUUGUGAGUUUAACCUGUAAACUUAUUAUUUUGCAUCUUGCCAAACUGAAGCAUCUUCAGAUUCAUAAUUAAACUAUGUUCAAUACCUCUUAAACACAGGAUGUAAAGCUGUUUUUUGUCUACCCGUUAUUCUUAUUUAAUAAUCUUCCUUGAAGGGAUAGCUUAGAGAGGAUCUGUUGAAAUUUUAUAAAUACUUAGCAUCUUACCUGCAGUUGCUAAAGCUCUUGACAUCCUCAUUUUGUUUAAAUCCAGAUUAGCUGUAACCUAACAGCCACUUCAGGGUGGCCAAAAUGAACUUUUAUCCCUUAAAAAUAACUCCAGUUUAAAAGAUUUUAUAACCGUUGAUGGGAUGAAUCUUUAAACUGUUGCUACAUUUGUUAUUGGGUGGUUAUUUACAGAACACAGAUUAUUAUUAGUCCAGGAUGAAUGAAACCUUAAUCUGUCAUUAUUCUUUCAUUGGGUUGUUAUUUACACAGAAGUCAAUGAAUAUUUACAUAAAAAAUGAAGAUAGUGAGUGGUGUUUCGCUAGUGAUCUUCCUAUGUGAAACAUACUGAGAAUGGAAAAUAAAAAGUCACUACCCAAUGAAAAUAAAAACAAGCUAAUGCAAAAAUGACUAAUACAGCAUUCAAUUAAAUAACUAUGUUUUUCACUUUUCACAUGUUUUUCAUCAGCCAGUUGGUUCGACUGCACCAUCUUGAGAAAUCAGCUUCCCUGUGUACAUACUGACCAGUUUGAUGGUAAAUAACCACUUAACUAAAAUGUCACAAAAAAACAGUAUUUAUGCAAACUACCAUGGCAUUUUCAAAAGUGGAGUUGUUUUAAGAAUAUUUCUCUCUUUCAAGGUCAGGAAUUUUGUUGUAAACGCUUCGGUUUUAAGAAGGAGGACAUUUUGAUUGCUUCUCACCCUUUUGAGAAGAAAAGAAUCAAUGCAUCCUCACAAAUGAGUACUGAUAACACAGUUUGAGCUUGCCUUUGUAGAAACCGUGUUUGUACACUAAAGCUGUUUAGCAACAGGAAAUAUGAUUUGAUGGAAAGGUCAUGCAGACCAGACUGUUUUCUAUUCAUUUACAGGGUAAAUUAUGUUAAACAGCAGCCUUGGAAGGCUGCAAAUUGCUGUUGCUGGACACAUUCAUGAAAACACAAAUUGUCUGGUUUUGCAGUUCAUUAUGUUCUCACAGGAUCUGCAGCAUUAUGAGGCAUUUCAGCGACUGGUUCAACUGUUUUCCUCAAAAUUAAAACCCGGGCUAGAAAACAAGGAGCAUUUUUAGAAAAACAACAUUUCAAUUCUCAUUGAAAGUCUUAAGAAAAAUACAUUUAUUAAGGAGUCUGGACUUUCUUCUACAAAGUAACUUCAGUCACAUCUGCACACAUUUCUGCUUAAACAAAGGGCAGCUUCUGACCUCUUCUCCCCCGACAAUAAAACAGAAAAAAUAAAAUUGUCGGUACUAAUAGGGUUGUUAAAGAAAAUGAGCAAAACCCAAGUAAAAUAUUCAUUCAUUCAUUCAUGUCAUUUUAAAUUAUCAACAUUUUGAAUCACUAAAAACUACCCACAACUUCACAAACACAUUCAAUAUCAGCCACAUCUGUGCUUCCCCUUUAACUUUAGGAAGUGGGAUCUUUGUGAAAAAUAAAAAUAAACAAAUGGCUAAACAUAUAUUAACGCUCCUCUCAUGUCCAUUUUUAAAAAGGAAGGAUAAGUUCAUUAAGAGCAUUUAGGACUCUGGGCAGAAGACCAUAGUAAGAUGUUGAAUUCAAUAAAUCAUCCUCAAUCAUUCAGGCAGAGCCAUUUUAUUAGGGGUCUGAAAGAAGCCAUAUCUUAAUUGACCUAAGGAGCACAUGCACAUACACUCAAACAAGUUUCUGUGGAUUUUAAAAGCAGGCACUUUACUAACUCAAGGAUUGAUUUUAAUACACCAGGUUUUUUAUUAUUAUUAUUUUAAUACACGCUGCUGUAAAAUGCCCCAAAAUAUUCAAUAAAUUCUGACGUAAAUGUG